GCACCAGAUCACCGGGCUGGGACACAACACAACUGAUAGGAUUUUGCCCUCGUGCCAGGGGACUCCCAGAUGGCUCUCACUCCACCACAGGAAUGGAUGGGUGGCUUAGAGAGGAUCAACAAAGAAACAGGAGAGCUGAGUGCUUCCGGGGAGUUGGCUGUCUCUGUAAAGAUAAAGGAGGAGGACGGGGAUGUCACAGCGGCUCCUCAGACUCUACAGGAACUCAAAGACCAAGUGAAGGAGCUGGGGUCAUAUCCAUGCCCUGACCCCGACACCAUACACCACCAUAUUCCCGUGGAGCAGAGAGAGGAGCAUUUACUGAGAGUCCUACCUCUCUACAUACAGGCCUAUGAGACAAGCAGUGGAAUCGAAGGGCUCGACCUGAGGGGACUUGCCUCCCAGACAGCUGAGAGUUUGGUGUCCAGCAUCCACAGCCGUUUAUCUAAACGGCCACGACAAGAGGCUCGCUAUCAAGUGGUGCAGUGCUUCCAAAAGCCGGAUGGAAAGACCGGCAGUGCGGGGAAGGACAACCCAGGAUGGCUCCUAUUGAAGUCUCUGUCGUUCCUUUUAACUGACAACCCAGACAUCUUGUCAUGGAUAAGUCCAGGUCUUCCUGCAGCUCUGGUGAAGUGUUUGUACCUGCUAGUGUGUCUUCCAACAAGAAAAGACAGUGCAAGCAACGAGGAGACCUUUCACGAACUUCUGACACAGGUUCUCCUCCCGUUCUGCAGACAUCCGGCCAGUGCUGAGAAGAUGGUGGAGAGUCAGGAGCUGCAGUGUCUGAUCAUCGGCCUCACGUCGCUGUGGGACCAGACCAGCGCCUGCUGGAGGCACCAGGCCUCGCGUGUCCUUCGAACCAUCUCCGCCGUGCAGACGCCCAACACCGUCCUCUGCCUAACAGGUAAGGACUGCAUACGUAUCUGCAUCCAGAAUCUGUUGCGGAUCAGCGCUGACGUUCCUGGACCCAUGCUAGCUGAGGUGGCUGUGGCUGUGUUCAGUUUCAUCAGAGACACCUAUCACCUUGACCCGGCCCUCUUCGUCCAGUUUGACACCAACAAUGGCUAUAUGGCCCUUGAGAGCAUCCUGAAACGCUGUGAGAAGGGAGUGUCAGCUGAUCACGUCCAGCCUGUGGAGGACCUGCUGGCUCUCGUGGCAUCUCUUACUCUGUUUGGAAAGGCAGAGCUGAAAGUAGCACUGUGUGUCAAUAACCCCCAACCUCCGGGCUUUAAGUUUGACCCCCCACUCACCAAAGGUUUGGCGGUGAAGAACCUGCCGGCGUUUCACGUCCUGCAGAGUUCCUUCCUGCGGUCGGAAGACCCCCUCCUGUGCCGUCAGAUCCUGCGGACCCUGCGGACGAUAUGGGAGUGGGACCCGGCCAACUUCUUCCUCUUGGAGUGGACCAUCCAGUCCUUUGCGCAGCUCGCUUCCAAUGUGUGGCGCAAGCCAGCGCCUGUCCACAAACCCUUCUUCUCGAUGCUGGAGACGGUGGUAUUCAAGUUCAACUACGUCCCCCACGAGACAUUGCGGGCUGUGCAGGGCGUGCUGAAGCAGAGCUGGGCUGGGACCCUUACUGCAGGGGUGGCGGGAGUAGAGUUUGGGGUGGCAGCUCUCGACUGCUUCCACAGGAUAAGCGUGUUCAGCGGCCUCCUGGCGGAAGUGCUGAGUGAUGGCGGUCUACUGGAGCUGCUCCUGGGGGAACUUCGGAGAAGAGCCAAGAUCCUCAGGAAGGCAGGGGUCGCCUCUGCCCAUCAAACGAGUCCUCAGGAGCAGUCCCCUGUGGUGGACCACGAGAGAGUGCUUACCACCUGUAUGCUCAAAGUGGUGUCGGCCCUCACCCUGCGCUCCAUCAGAAACACAGUAUCGGUGCGAGACCUAGGCAUGGUUCCUUACAUAAAGAUCUUCCUGGAUGAAGAACAGUACCGAGGUCCCACCCUGAGCAUCCUGGAGCAGCUCGCCGAGAUCAACCCCGAGGAGUUCAUGAGCACGGCCGUAGGAGCCCUCUGCUCCUCCACGCUGCAGGAGGUCGGCCUGAAACAGGACCUGCUGCAGUCUGUGCUGAGGGUGCUCGAGAGCCCCAACAGCUGGGAUGCCUUUCGGCGAGCAGGAGGUUUCACCGGACUGCUCUCCAUGGUGGUGGACAUGGAGGGAGCGCUCUCCGACUCUCCCCAGGGGUCAGGUUGGAAGACUGUGGGGCGACAGGAGGUUUUGGACCUCCUCCUCCUUAACCUCCACAUCUUGGCCCUGGCUGUGCACCUCCACCCGGUUAAUGCACACCACUUCCAGAUGGGGGGCUUUUACGAGAGGCUGGCAGAGGCUCUGCUGCAGCUCGGCUGCUUCCAGAAAGAAGUCCCCGAUUUGGCGAACGAGGAUUGGUCCCAGGGUUACCAUCCCAGGACGGCAGAGGACAAACUUUCCCACGGGAGGAGCUUCCACCAGUUUGUUGAAAUGGCAGGGGCCCCCGAAAUGGCAGGGGUGACCUCUUCCUCCGGUAUUCCCUGCCUUGAACCGAAUCUGCCUUUUACCCUCCAGGCUUGUAUACGGCUGCUGUCCUACCUCGACCAGUUCGCUACAGGAACUUACGCGGCUGUGGAGCCGAACUUGGGGGUAGAGGCGGAAACCGAGAGCGGCGGAGAAAGGGAGGCGCUAAACGGAGAGGCCGGGAUGCAAGGCGAUUAUACAGGCUCUCCCCGAGUUCACUUUGCAUCAGACUCGCAGUGCCAGGAUGACCCACAAGGGAGGUCCAGGAACACGGCGUUCAGCAUUUCCUCAGUCUGCUCAGAGUCCCAAUCCAGGUUUAUAUGUGAUCAUACCAUUCUUCACCCUGGAGCGAUUCGAGUCAUCAUGACUCUCCUGCCAUCGGUGUUUACUCCAGAGGAUCCACAGCUCUCUUUGGAGAUCCAGUUUUCGGUGGCGCACCAUGUCCAGGCCAUGGUCAAGUCUGAGAGGAACCGCCAGAUCAUGUGCGAGGGGGGUCUGGUGUCUACUCUCCUCACACGCUGGAGGAACACAUUGCUAGCCCCAGACCACCCUCUCCACCUGCCUGUCACCCGCAUCUUGGAGAAGCUCUCAUCCCAGGCCAUCACCCUCUCGGACUUCAGGAAGUUCCUGUGCUUAGGGGACCCUCUCAUGUGCUUAACUGACAAAAUGACCAGAUCAUCAGCACGCCAAGACGCCGGUGCGGAGGCGGAUGGCUCGACGGGCGGUUCGGAAAAGAGACUGAAAAAGUCCUUCAGCCUGCUGAGCUCGUGUGAGUCGGCCGUAGGCUCUCCUCUCCCCGUCCACCAGAUGAUCAGCCUCAUCUCCAUGACCUCGCCGCGCAGCUUCAGGCCCCACCGAGUCUCCUCCUCGCCCGCCUUUGUGGAGUUCGACAUGAGCGAGAGCGGCUACGGCUGUCUGUACUUGCCCUCCAUGGCCACGGUGAAGGGGGUUAACGCCGAUUCAAUCUCCACGGGCGGGGUAGGAGGAGACUGCCGGGGCUUCCCUCCCGUGGCCGGUCUGUCAUAUUCCUGCUGGUUCCAGAUCAACAGGUUCAGCUCGGCCUGCGAUUCCCACCCCAUCCGCCUGCUGUCCGUGAUCCGCCACAUGUCUCGGGCCGAGCAGCUGUACAUCUGUCUGUCCGUCUCUUUCUCGGCCUACGAUGGGUGUCUGGUUAUCUCAACGGAGGAGGAGGCCUACACAUUCCUGGAUAUGAUGGAGCCGGAGGUGAGCACGCCCAGCUCCAUGCCCACCUCGCUGAGGUUUCGCUGCUCCAGCAUGCUGGUCCCUGGUCAGUGGCUCCACCUGGCUGUGGUCAUGGCCAAGGAUGUCAAGAAAAGCUGUCGGGUGUCGGCCUACCUCAACGGGAAGACAGUGGGGACAGCAAAGAUGCGGUAUAUUCAGCCUUUCCCGGGCCAGUACGCCUCCAUGGAUCCCACAGCUUUGAUUGACGUGUGCGCGUUGAUCGGGACGCCGCCGCUGUGGAAGGAGCACGCUGCGCUGGUGUGGCGAGUGGGUCCAACCUACCUGUUUGAGGAGGUGUUGAGUCCUGAAAUGGUGGCGACCAUCUACACACAGGGCACCUCCUACCUGGGAAACUACAUGGCUCUGCGCAGCACAGGCCUUGAGACGGACGCUGAGCAUCCUUCUCUCAGGCUGGUUCCUGAGGAGAGGAUCUCUUUUGGCAUCAACCCCGCCGUUGCCACUGUAACCACCGUGGCACAGAUCAGAGAGGAUUACAACGAAGUGGACUGCAGACUUAUUGCAAAAGAGCUGGGGAUACCCUCUCGGGAUCAGUCCACCCCGGUGUUUCUGGCUCGGAACAUCAGCCAACAUCUGAGUGGCACAGCUCGCACCAUAGGAGCAGCCCUCGUUGGCCAUUUUGGUGUGCGUACCUUUACCCCCAGAAGUGCGGCUAAUGGUUUCCUGUAUGUGGGUGGGCCCACAGUGAUUCUCAGUUUGGUGGCGAUGGCGCCAGAUGAUAGUUCUCUCUAUGCAGCCGUGAAAGUCCUUCUGUCAGUGCUGGAGACCAGCCCCACCAUGCAGCAGGAACUGAUCCGCAUUAACGGAUAUAAGUUGCUGGCUUUCCUGCUGAAGAUAAAGAAGAGUCUCAUCAGCAGCAGAACAUUCCAGCUGGUCCUGUACCUGUCUAGUUCACUGGACCUGGGCUCUGGACCCGCAUGCCUACACAACACUGCUGCUUUCCAGGCCCUUCUGUGUAACCUGGAGGUGUGGCACAACACAUCAGAAAACCUGGAGCUUUCACUUCUGAAUCACUUUGAUGAAAUCUUGACCUCCUCCCGUGGUGGGAAUGCGGAGGUCCUGCACACUGUGGGCCUUCUACCAAAGCUGCUGUUCCAGCUCUCCGAUCCAGAUGUGACCAUUGCGAAGGUUAAGGUUACUUCCUGCAUCAUCCAGAGCCUCUUGGAAGGGCACUUCACUACUGUGGACUUGAGCAGACUUGGACUCUUCCUAGUCUACACUCUCUCAGCUCCUAGCAAUUUAAUUGAAAGCUGUUGGAUCUCCGACGGUGGUCUUCCCGAAGACACAACAGCCCAGAAAUCUUGUGAAGCCAGUCCCAUUUGGAUCCGGAACCAGCUUUUGCUUUCACUCUGUGAACUUCUCAACUCGGACAGCUUAACCACUGAGCAGCAGAAAGCCUUUUUUGACACACUGGGCAGCGACUGGUUCCUGCUGUUCCUUCAGCCUCACCUGCAUCCGUCCACCAUACGGCUCGGGCUGGUCUUGCUCACACACCUACUAUCCAAUCACAACCAGCAGAGCAACUUCCGGGAGGGCGUGUUGCCAGGAACCCUCGUGGAGGACAUGGAGGAACUGUUUACUGUCAUGGACAACCUGCGGGCCCAUUCGUGGUCCUACGAGUGCCUCAGCACCACCUGUCCGGGCUUCGACAUUCUGCAGGUUCUGCUGGUCGGCCAGUGCCACCUGCCGCAGGUGUACGGAGCGCUGGCCGCGCUGCUGCUGGGGAAGAAGGCGGGCCACGCCGCAGAGCCACAGGUGCAUUUGGACGACGUGUUGCAGUCGGCUAUCGACGGCCGAGCGUCGGCGUCGGUCGGCCAGCUCUGUCCCGAGCCCGCCGCCAUACUUCUGGAGCUGGUCAAAGCCAUUAUCACUCAGCCUGCCUCGAAGAGACAGUCAGGUGGCGACGCGUGGAAGCUGCGGUUCCCUGGGAGCGUGAUGCAGUUCCUCUGUCUGCUCCACAGCCUCUGGCCGAGGGACCCGCUGUGGGCGUCGGCGGGGUUCCUCCAUGUGCUCGCCGGCGCCGUGUACCCCCUCGACGGCUCAGAGGAUGCGGCCGAGGACGAGGCGGCGGCCAGGAUUCAUCCCACCAGGAAGCAGGUGUGCGACUUCAUCCGAAUACUGCUGAUGGACAGUCUCCUCAAUGUCCCCGCCGGCAGCUCGCACCCUCUGCUGCUGCUGCUGGAGUUUUCCCCAGAAAGCGCGUCGCUGGAGCAGAGGCAGAGCUUCCAGACGGAGUUCCUGGAGUUCCUCAUGGACAUCAUCCACGUGAUCAGCCACCAGGAGGAGAACGACACGCACCUCAGCUCACACGGCGCCAAGAGUCAGAAGCCCCACGGACAGACGGCCACGCUGAUGGAGAACGUCGUCCUCUUCAGCAAGACGCUCCUACACAAACUCUACAGCGGGAUGUACUCGGGGGACCCGGAGCACCUGCUCACCUUCCUUGCGGAUCAAAUUGUGGUGGCGCUGGAGAGGGGCCAAGCCCAGAGGGAGAAGACGGUGUCGGCUCUCUACUCCUGCACCAAUAAGGUCCUGCUCUAUUUCCUGUCUCACUCCCGCCACUCCCCGAAAGAGCAGGAAGUCGUCAUCAAGACGCUGCAAGUCUUCAUGGAGCGCUGGGACGUUGUCAUGGCAACCUACAACUCAAACGUCACCUUUGUCACCUGCCUCCUCCACUGCCUGUUACUGAUACGAUCCAACAGCUACCCUGAAGGUUUUGGGUGUGAGGUCCAGAAAAGGCACAGCCAAAGGCUUUUUGACCGACUGCUUCCUUUCAAAUCCAGUCGCCCAGCAUCCUCCACGCACACAACCGACUCUGCCACAGGUCAGAGUGAACUGGCGUCCUUGGUGGAGGCCUGCUGGUCCAGGGUGAUGGCCGAGAGACGACACUCGCUUGAAGACACCUAUAAACUAGAGCUUUCCGCAGGCCAGCGGGUGCAGACGGGGGGCGUCAGCAUGUCGGACAUCAGUCCUCUGUGGCAGGAGAUCGCACAAAACACCUGGCAGACGUUCACCGACCGUGACAAGAAAGCUGGACUCAUCAGCAGUGCUGUCCGGUCAGUUCUGGGCAGACCGGGCAGAGAGUCUGCCACGGUGCAGGAGUUUCUGUCCUGCAUGGAGUCCCAUCGACAGCGAGCCCACAGCGUGUUCGAGACGAUGAAGAUGAACCACGCACAGUUGUGUGCCAGCGAGUGGGAGCGGGUGAGUUCUCAGUGGCUGCGUGCGGAGGAGGAGCUGCUGAGGGAGCGCGGCGUGUUCGGACCCGGACCAGGAGUGAUGCCGACCUGGGGCUGGGUGCAGGACGCCGCCGAGGGGCCCAACCGCACCAGGCCCCGCAUCCGCCGCAGGGCUCAGAGGAGGUCCAAACGGGUACAGACUAAAACGAAACCCAGAAUCCUUUGUGAGGCUGGAACAGAGGCUAAAGAGGAAGAGGAGGAAGCAAAAGAGAAUUGCGAUCGGCUGACCUUCUUCCCCGUUCUCAAUGAGACAAUGGCCAUGGCCGAUACCCCGCGCGAACCCUGCACCCCCGAACCCUGCUGUCAAAGCCAAUCCUGCCCUGACAUCCACCUCAUCCUGCAGGAGCUGCACCCCGGAGAGGAGGUAAAGGUUAAAAGGUGUAUAGUGGUGGUUAGUGGCCUCAGAGUGACAGAGGGGGUGCUGUUGUUUGGGAAGGAGACCCUGUACAUCUGCGAGGGCUUCACGCUCAGCACUGGUGGAGAUGUCUGCUGCAGGAAACACCACCCCAGCAGUGUGAGGGAUUCUUCCAUUUCAACCAUGCUGGAUGAAGAACUGUCACCAGCCAGCUGCAAACGCUGGCCCUAUGAAGACAUUAGGGAGGCCCGCUUCAUGCGCUUCCUUUUAGAGGACAACGCCCUUGAGAUCUUCAUGAGGAACGGACACUCGGCCUUCCUGGUGUUCCUGAAUAGAGACCAUGUUUCUGCCUAUAAGAGGUUGUGUUCGAUGGUGCCAUCUUUAAAAGGCAGGGGCGUAGCAGAGGUCAUUGCCAAUGCCAGGCAGACUCCUGUUGUGGGAAAAACAGCUCUUCUCAAGUGGCAGAGAGGUGAGAUGAGUAACUUUGAGUACCUGAUGCACCUGAACACCCUGGCUGGGAGGACGUACAAUGACCUGAUGCAGUAUCCAGUCUUCCCCUGGGUCCUUGCUGACUACGAGUCAGAGACACUGGAUUUGUCCAAUCCAGCGACGUUCCGUGAUCUGUCCAAGCCAAUGGGAGCGCAGACAGAGAAGAGGAGGGAGAUGUUCAUCCAGAGAUACGAAGAUGUGGAGAACAGCGAACGGGAUGGUGACCUGUCUGUGCAGUGCCAUUACUACACCCACUACUCCUCGGCCAUCAUUAUAGCGUCCUUCCUCGUCAGGAUGGAGCCCUUCUCACACGCCUUCCUGGCACUGCAGGUGAGGCCUUUGGUUACCGGCUGCAUGGAGGAUGGUACUGCUCUAGGAGAUGUGGUGUUGCCUCCAUGGGCCAAAGAUGACCCCCAGGAGUUCAUUAGGGUCCAUCGAGAGGCUUUGGAAAGUGACUAUGUCAGUUCCCAUCUCCACCUCUGGAUUGACCUGAUCUUCGGUCACCGCCAGCAAGGUCCAGCGGCUGUGGAAAGUAUCAACACGUUCCACCCUUACUUCUAUGCGCAGAGACGGGGGCAGGAAGCCCUCGCAGACCCCCUCAUCAAGAGCACAAUCUUGGGAUACGUUAGCAACUUUGGCCAGGUUCCCAAGCAGCUCUUCACCAAGCCUCACUCUCCUCGCAAUGCCUCAAAGAAGGAGGGCUCUUCGCCACCCCAGCCCACUCCCUUCUUCUUCAGACUGGACAAACUCAAGACCUCCGCGCAGCCGUUUAAAGAGCUGCCCCGCGGACCCGUGGGUCAGAUAGCCUGCCUGGAGAAGGAGGUCCUGGUUUUGGAGAGGAAUCGACUCCUCCUGUCGCCUCAGCGGAGCUGCGUGUUCAGCUGGGGCUUUCCCGACAACAGCUGCGCCUUCGGAAACUGCGCCACGGAGAAGACCUUUGCGGUGUGUGAGAGUUUGUGCGACUGGGGGGAGACGUUGUGCGCCACCUGUCCUAACCAAACUACCGUGGUCACAGCGGGAACCAGCACCGCGGUGUGUGUUUGGGACGUUGCAGUGGGCAAGGACAAACUCACCCACAUGAAGCUGAAGAAGCCGCUGUACGGCCACACGGGCGCGGUGGCGUGCCUGGCGGUGUCCGAGGUGCACGGCGUGAUGGUGAGCGGCUCCCUGGACCUCACCUGCAUCCUGUGGGACCUGGAGGAGCUCAGCUUCAUCGCCCAGCUGGCGGGACACAGGGCCGCCAUCACCGCCCUGGCCAUCAACGACCUCACCGGUGAGAUCGCCUCGUGUGCGGGGGCCCUGCUGUACCUGUGGACGAUGAAGGGCCAGCUGCUGACCCACGUCAACACUUCCUGCGGGCCGCAGGGGGACAUCCUGUGCGUGAGCUUCACGCAGAGGCAGGAGUGGGACCCGCGCAACGCCAUCGUCACGGGCUGCGCCGACGGCGUCGUUCGCAUAUGGAAGACAGAGUACACCAGAACACAAUUACCUGACCCUCCGGAGGAGCCCGCGUCCCCGGGGCAGAGCCGUUCGGCAGCCAGGACGGACGGAGACGCGAGCGGCGGCGCGGGCGGGGCUAAAGGCUGGGAGAGGCACCUGGUGCUGUGCCGAGAGCUGAGCCGCGGCCAGGCCGCAUCGAAACGCCCCAACAAGACGAAUCCGGCCAUCACGGCCCUCGCCAUGUCCAGGAGCAACGCAACACUUUUGGCGGGCGACGCCUGGGGCAGGGUCUUCACCUGGGUCUGCGAGUGAAGGCCCCAGCAUCCGUCGCCGUUCUCAGUUGUUGUUGCAGCCCCCGCAUCCCCAGCCUUCAUCCUCUCAACGUGUCUUAAUGCUGGCAGGAGAGACACAGUCCACACGGACCUCCGUGGACCCGAAUCCCUCUGCAUCUCAGGUGUCACACAAGCCGAAGUUCAGCGUCUGUUGUAGACCUUCUACAUUUCUCCGCGGUUUCAGGGACGGCUACGUUUCCGUGUCGGGGACAUCGAAGGAAGUCUCGAGUGCGAAAUUAAAAUGUGUCGGCGGUGGGGGUCAUGUUACCAUGUGCAGUUGGGGUGCUUUCACACUAGGGACCCCGGAUCCGAGUGCAUUUGACCCCAAAACCCAGUUCGUUUGAUAAGUGUGAACACUGUAUACUGUGGUCCGCGCCCGGGUCCACUUGGAAAAGGGGUCUCGAGUACGGUUCAUGUGUACUCGGGUGAGGCUAUGCU